AUGCCGGACACUGAGAGCUCCAACCAAGUAGAUGAUCAUCAUAAUCGUGAUGAAACUACAACCAUUGACGACGAUCAAGAUUACAUGAUUAAUGACAAUGAUAGCGACGACAUUAAGGUUUUUGAUAAUGUUAUGCCAAUUAGAGCAAGUAGGGGUAAUAACAAUGUGUGUGAAAUACACAGAGUUUGUAUGCCACCUUUUGUGCCAACAAAUGAGAAACUGAAGCGACAAUUGUUCGAGAUAUUCUUCCCGGAUGAUCCACUUUCGGCUUUCAGGAGCCGGACUUUGUACGAGAAGGUGGUGUUGGGAGUUCAGGGCUUGUUCCAUGUCUUCCAAUGGAUGCCUCACUAUGAUUUUGCCCUCUUCAGAUCUGAUCUCAUUGCUGGAAUCACCAUUUCCAGUUUGGCAAUCCCACAGGGAAUUAACUAUGCCAAACUUGCAAAUUUGCCUCCAAUAAUUGGCCUAUAUUCAAGUUUUGUGCCACCAUUGUUAUAUUCGAUUCUUGGCUGUUCAAGACAUCUGGCCGUGGGUCCCACUUCCACAGCAUCUUUGGUGAUGGGGACAAUGCUAAGCGAAAUGGUCUCUUUUGAGACUGAACCAGAUCUCCAUCUCAGACUUGCCUUCACUGCUACCUUUUUUGCCGGAUUGUUUCAAGCUUCUUUGGGUCUUUUUAGGUUAGGUUUCAUACUUGAUUUUCUGUCAAAGGCAACUUUGCUUGGGUUCAUGGCUGGAGUAGCCAUCCUUGUGUCCCUCCAGCAGCUUAAAGGAUUGUUUGGAAUAACUCACUUCACACAACACAUGCAGUUGGUUCCUGUUCUGUCCUCAGUUAUUAGUGGCAGAAAUGAGUGGUCUGGCCAAAUCAUUAUAAUGGGAAUCUGUAUGCUGGUAUUUUUACUUGGAGCGAGACACAUUAGCUCAAAAAAACCAAAGCUCUUCUGGAUUGCAGCAGCAGCACCACUGGUUUCCAUUAUUGUAUCAACUAUUGUAGUGUUUGCCCUUCAAACGAAAUUUAAACAUGUUCCUAAGAUUGGUCGGCUACCAAAUGGUGUCAACCCUCCUUCAGCAAACAUUCUAUACUUUCAUCGUGAUUCUUACCUUGCUCUUGCUAUCGAAACAGGGAUUGUAACAGGCCUCUUAGCUCUCACUGAAGGAGUUGCAGUUGGAAGAACAUUUGCUUCCAUUCAGAAUUAUCAACUUGAUGGUAACAAAGAAAUGAUGGCGAUCGGUGUGAUGAACGUAGCUGGUUCUUGUUGUUCAUGUUUCAUUACAACAGGCUCAUUCUCUCGGUCUGCGGUAAAUUACAACGCAGGAGCAAGAACAGCGCUUUCAAAUGCUAUAAUGGCGGUGGUUGUCCUUGUGACAUUGCUCUUCUUCAUGCCACUAUUUUCUUACACACCAGAUGUGGCAUUAGCAGCAAUUAUCAUAAUAGCUGUUAUUGGAUUGAUUGACAUUAAGGCUGUAAUCAAUCUGUGGAAGCUUGACAAGCUUGAUUUCUUUGCCUGUUUAUGUUCUCUUUUUGGUGUUCUGUUCCUCUCUGUGCAGAUUGGCCUUGCUAUUGCUAUUGGAGUGUCAAUAUUGAAAAUCAUUUUGCAUGUAACGAGACCAAACACUGUGGUAUUGGGAAAUAUUCCAGGCACUCAAAUAUAUCAAAACCUCCAUCGUUACAAAAAUACAACAAGGAUUGCUUACUUUCUCAUUCUAGGGAUUGAAUCUCCAAUCUUCUUCACCAAUUCAACUUACCUCCAAGAGAGGAUAUUAAGAUGGAUACGGAAAGAGGAUGAAAGGAUUCAAAGAGACAAUGGGUUACCCUUGAAAUGCGUAAUUUUGGAUAUGACUGCUGUCACAGCUAUAGAUACCUGUGGUCUUGAUCUUAUAGCUGAACUUAAGAGGACCCUGGGCAAAAAAUCUCUUCAGUUUGUUUUGGUGAAUCCUGUUGCAACUGUGAUGGAGAAGCUCCACCGUUCAAACAUCUUGGAAUCAUUUGAAUCAAAAGGACUUUAUUUGACGGUAGAAGAAGCAGUUACGGACAUAUCAUUGUCAUGGGAACCUUAA